CUUGGCCGCUGCAGGCAACACCCCGGCGUCCCUGGAAGCGGGAGCCGGGGUGGUGCAAGGGAAGCUGCGCGGAACCGGAGGCCGGAGGCCGGAGCCUCCCGGGGCAAGGGGAGCGUCCGGAGCCAGGUCUGGGGGCCCAGAUAAAACAUGGCGGGGCGACCUAUCCGCAUAGGAGACCAGCUGGUACUGGAGGAAGACUAUGAUGAAACCUACAUCCCCAGUGAACAAGAAAUUUUUGAAUUUGCCAGGGAAAUUGGAAUUGAUCCCAACAGCGAACCAGAAUUAAUGUGGCUGGCCCGAGAAGGCAUUGUGGCUCCACUCCCCAUGGACUGGAAACCAUGCCAGAACAUCACAGGUGAUAUUUACUAUUUUAACUUCACCAACGGACAGUCCAUGUGGGAUCACCCAUGUGAUGAGCAUUAUCGGAACCUGGUGAUCCAGGAACGGGAAAAGCUGUCAACUCCUGGUGCCAUCAAGAAGAAAGAGAAGAGAAAGAAGAAGGACAAGAAAGACAAGAAGGACAAGGAAUCUCCCAAAAUGCCCAUGGCCCUGGGUUCUUCCUUAGCCCCAGUUCAUGGACCCUUGGGAGGCCUCGCUCCAUUACGCAGUCUCAUGGAUACCUCAGCCCCAACCCUCCGUUCAUCCCUGAGUAUCAACUUGGGAAGCUCAGUGGAAUCUUCUCAGCCUUUGGAAACUAGCCUGCUUCCACAAGGCCCCAAGACUUCUACCUACACCAAGAAUCUCUUGGGCUCUAUCCAUGAGGAAAAGAACCCUCUCAGCCUGCUGGCUCUUGGGGAAGAGACCAAUGAAGAGGAGGAGAGUGAGAAUCAGAGCCCUCGCAGCACAGCUGGACUCUUUAAGAAUCUACACCUGGAUAUUGGGGUCCUGGGGGGCAAUUUUGAUUAUGAGGAGUCUCCAAGAAGCCAACCAGAGGAUAAGAAGGAAACAUCUCUGGGCUCAGAUAUCCCCUGCCCUCGGACUUCCGACAAGCUCUUCAGCCGAGAUGUAGAUAGCAGCCUGGGCAGUGCAGAUGGUGAAGGCCGACGAGGGAAGCUGGCAAGUGCUUGGCUCCCAGACAAGGAAGACAGUGAGAAGGGUGACCCAGGGGCCUCCCGGCCACAGAUGACUCGAGUGGUAGACUCAGGAACUUGUGAAAAUACCAGAGCAGCCAACAAGCAGUUGGAAGACCCAGUGGUGGUUGGAGAGGUGGGCCGUGAGAAAAAAGAGGCAAUGAGUGAACUAGAGAAGGAGUUGACAGAGCCAAAAACAGGGAGCAGAUUGGAUAUCAAUGAAAAGUCUGAGAUCAGUGAUCAUGUGAAAGAGUUGCAGUUCUCAGACCAUUCAGAUCCCAAGUCAUUUCUUGGCCUGGACUUUGGUUUUCGAAGUCGAAGUCGGAUCUCUGAACAAUUGCUGGAUAUAGAUGGAUUGUCCCCAGUCCUGGAUGGACCCAUUUGGGAAACCAAGGGCCCAGGAGAGGAGGAAAAAGACCAGAGUCGGUCCAACCUGGAAGAGGCAGAGAGCGAACAGUCCAGUGAUGAAGAGAGGGAGAAAAUCCUGAGCCUUUUUCACAUCCAAGAGGUAGGAGAAGGACAACAUUCCCCAGAGGGGGAGCCUAGGGAAACAGAGGAUCCUGAGCAGAAUGUGAUGGCCAGCCCAACUUCACAGGCCUCCUCCACGAAGAGUGAGCAGAUCCUCAGCCCCCCUCAUGACCAUAAGAUGGAAGAAGAGCCUCACUCCACAAAGGUUGAAAAUGAGCAGAAAAAGGCAGAAGAACAUGAGGAGGCGAUGACCAGCCCAACCUUGCCAGACUCCAGAGAAGCACUUGUGCUAGAAUCUGUAAUCACUCUGAGGCAGCCUUUAGGGGAUUCCCUAAAGGUCAUAGAAGAGAAGACAGCCCAGGAUCUGGAGCAGGAGCGGGCAAGACUGUUAGAGGAUCGGAGACAGAAGAUGGAGCGCCUGCGGGAAGAGCUGUGUCAAGAGGAAGAAGAGGAGAUGCUGAAACUUGAGCAGCAGAAAGACAAGUCCCUCAGGUCUCUGAGGGAGCAGCUCAAGAAAACAGCCGAGGAAGAAGAGGCUCGAAUGAGGGAAGAAGAGAGUCAGAAGCUUUCUAAGCUGCGAGCUCAGAUCCUAGCCAGUACAGAAACACAGGAGAAUCAAAUUAGGGCAGAGCAAGAAGCUUCCCUGAGGAAAGUAAGAGAAGACUUGGAGUCAUUGCAGAGGGCUGAGAGGUCUAGCUUGGAGCAGCAGCAGAAGCAGAUGCUAGAGAAACUUAAGGAGGAGAUAGAGACUAGUGAAAAGAGAGAGAGGGCCCUCUUGGAAGAGGAGAAUGACAAAGCAAUGAGUCGACUGAAGGAACGACUGAAAGAUCUCAGGGAGGAGGCCAUGGCAGCGUUGGAGAAGGAACAUACAGAUAACUUGGAGAGGCUUCGCGCCUCAGCUGAGGAGAAAUACCGUGAGGUCAUCGCUGGCCUGAAAAAGCAAAUCGAGGAGGCCCAUCGGAAGGAGGAGGCCCAGCUGCAGGAAGAGCUGGGUCAGGCGGAAGAGAGAGUCCACAAGAAAACUUACCGAGUGACGGAGUACGAGAGAGAGCUCAGUGACCUCCUGAGAGAGAAGAGGCAGGACGUGGAGAAGGACCAUGAGCGGAAGAUGGACCAGAUGAAGGAGGAGCACCGACAAGUGCUGGCAGAGACCAGGCAGCAGUAUGAUGAAGAGGAGAGGAAGCAGCGAACAGAUCUUCGGGCAAACUUGGCGGAUGAGAUGGAGCGUCUGAGGCGGGCCCAUGAUCGGGAGCUAGAGACCAUGCGUCGGGAGCUGGAAAGGCAGCUUGGCAAAAUCCAGCUCAAGCACCGAGAGCAGGAAAGGAAGCUCCAGGAUUUAGAAGCAGAACUUGAAACUAGAACCAAAGAUAUCAAGGCCAGAUUGAUCCAACUGGAUAUGCAGGAGGACGCCAUUAGAAAGAAGCAGCAGCAACUUGUAGACGUAGAGAAGCAGAUUGCCCUGGAGAGAGAGGAAGCCACAUCCAGCCACCAGCACCUCGAGGAAGCGAGGAAGGAGCAGGCCCACCUUGUGGAGUCCACUCGGCAGCUGCGCCGCACCCUAGAGGAGCUGCGCUCCCGGAAGGCUAAGCUGGAGUCCCAGGUGGAGGUGCUUCAGGCCCGGAGUCAGAGGCUGCAGAGACGGGUCAGGUGGGGCUUCUGGACACCCUGGCCAGUGAGUGACUUGGAAGCUGAGUCCCAGAGGAAGCAGGACACUUUGAAUGAGCUGGCUGCGGAGGAGGAGACUGCUGCUGCUGCUUCUCCUCGCCGGGAAGGGGAACUCCACCUGGAGGACCUGAGGAAGUCCCUGGGCACGACCCUUGAUAAGGAGCUGUCUGCCACCAACUCCCAGAACGAUGAGGAACGCUCUCCCCAGAUGGAUAAUAUCCGCCAUUAUCUGUCCUCGGAGGCUGUGUUCCUUCAAAGUGCCAAGGAAUUCUUGGUCCAGCAGACACGCUCCGUGAGGAAGCGCCAGACGGCGCUGAAAGCUGCCCAGCAGCAGUGGUGCCAUGAUGUAGACACCGCCCAAGUGACCUCUGAAGACCUGCCUAAUUCCCAUACCCUAGAAGAUAUACGAAAGAACAUAGAGGAGGUAAAGAGGCCCAAGGGUAAGGAGACCAAAAACCUGGAUGAGAUGAAGUCAGCCAUGCGCAAGGGCCAAGUUCUGCUGAAGAAGAAAGAGGAGAAGCUGAGUCAGCUGGAGAAUUCUCUUCAGGAAGAGCUUUCAGAUGAGGGCACACUGAGAGGAGCUUCCUCUAGAAAGGUGGUAACAUUUGACGUUAGCGAUCUGGAAGACACCAGCAGUACGAGCUCUGAGACCUCCCCUCUGCCCCACAGGGAUCCAGUAUCAAACUUGCCUUUCCCCCAUUUCAACAAGAUCCAGUACUUAAGCAGCUCCUUACAAAGAAUCACCAAUGAGCUCAAUGGGGUGCUGAGUGUAUUGGGCUCCCUUAGCAUCCAGCCAUCACCUAUCUUAAGUUCAACACAAGUCCAGAUGCUUCCCCUGCCCUCCAAGACCACUCCCAUCUCCACUCACCCUUCCAUGACCAGAAUUUCAGCCCCUACCCCUUUGGUUCCCUCCACUGGGAUCCCUCUUCUCAAUCAGUGGGCCUGGGGCCCUGGAGUAAGCUCUGGCCUCACCUCUUCAGUUGCUCAGUCAGUGGACAACUUUCUGGUGGAGAAGUGGCACAAAUAUUUCCCAGCUGGAGUCCCAUUAUUUAGUGGCAGCCCAGCUCCUCUGGACAAUAGGUUGGGCUAUGUAUCUGCCAGUGAUCAGCUCCGCCUGUUUCAGAGCUCCCACUCCCAGAUCUCUCAGCCCAGUGGCUCCAGCAUUGAGGGCAUGAUCGAGUCUAAUAGGAAGUGGCUGGAGCAUAUGAAGAAAGACCCCAAGGUAUCCCUCUUCCCCACCUCACCCAAGCCCAAGGCUACCUCAGGCCUGCUGCAGUUGGGCCUGGAUGAGAACAACAAGCUGAAGGUGUAUCACUAUUAAGGCCCCUGGGGCGGUAGGGCAUAGGGCUCUCCAGGCCCCCCUCAUCUUAGACCAAGUGCCUAAGGAGCUUCCUGCACUUUAUUGUCCCUGAUCCAUCAUCCCUCUGCUAUGCAGGCCUGACCCCCUCAGGACUUUGGGGGAAGGCAUAGGAGUGAUGAUGGGGUAGGGGACAGUGGGAGGAAUGUAGCAAGCCACACCCUCUGAGAAGCCCCUAAUAUAUCCCAAACAGAAAAGUUUUGAGCUUCCAUGACCUACUGGGGCCUGCAUUAUCAUGCCAGUGCAGAUGAGGUAGGACUGACAGCCCCAGUGGAAGGAGAGGGGUGGCACUGGACACUUUCAUGGGGCUCCCCUUCAGGGAGUUGUCUUUGCCCUCCCUUCCAGUGGACCUGCUUCUGUCCUUCAGGUCUCCAGGGUAUUUUGGAGAGGGUCAGAGGAGCCAGUUUGGUAACUCUUGAUGUAUGGGCUAGGUCUGAGUGUGGAUGAAGCCCCUCUCCAAAGCAUGUUCACCCCAGGACUUGGUGCUUCUUGGGGACUAGCUCCACCCUGAACCUGUUUCCUUUUAGCUAAUACCUCAGCAGCAGGGCACCCGGCUCUCUUGGUUUGUUUUUGUUUUUUUUUUUAUGAUUCCUUUUUUGCACAAUGACUCAGGUUGUCUCAGGUUUGUGGUCAGCUUUACACAGAGCCUUUCCCUGAGGCUGAUUGAUGUGGGGUCCCUGAGAAACGAGGCAACUGUGAGUCUUCCCCUGCCUUUUGUUGGACUAGUCCCAUACGACUGAGGGAAUCAUUUUCUACCUUUAUCCCUGGGUUCCCACCCACAGAAUGACCCUGUACUUGGGCUUGGGGAAGGGAAGACCUUGGGAGUCAGACUCCAUGGGAAGAUGAAGCCAGGGCAGGCCUCUCUAGGGAUCCCAUUCCAUGACCCUCAGGCGUUAAGGUGAUGGCUUCCCCCACCUUGACAGAAAGCCAUUAGGAAAGGGGAUGGGGUUGUCCUCCGCCUUAUUCCAGUCAUCUUUGUAGCCUUCACUUUCUCCCACCUUUUCUCACCAUGCUUGUUCGGAUAAAAACGUUUGCAUUUCGACCACCACUCUUUUUUCCUUUUCCCAGCCUGCCCCUCCCUUCUAAUCUUUUGAGUUUCACUGUAGACAACGAGGUAUCUUGUACCAGAUGAAGUCUCCGCAGGAGGGGGCAGGAGGGGAGAGGAUGAGCAAUCAGAGAGGGGGUCUGGAGCCAUCUUGGGGCUGGAGAGAAGGUUCCCUGCAGGUCUCCUUCAGUGAGCCGGCAGACAGAUGGGCUCCUUGAUGGCGUUUGGUGGGGACUUCUGGAGAGUUCAUCUCACUGUUUUGAAGAAGUCAACAUUUUUUUGUCUUCAAGGCUGUGGAGUUGUGUUUAGCACUCCUCAGCAUGGAAACCAGCCUCUCAUCAUCUUUCUCAUGGAGGAGAAACCUGGGAAGCAGAUUGCUUUUUACCCCCUUCCUCAGGCACUGCAGCGAGGCACAAGCCUCUCCUCUCAGAGGAGACCGUUUUCUUACUUGACUGAUGCUGUGUGGUUUAGGAAUGGCUUGUGUGCUUAACAACUGUGGUGACAAUCAAUCCAGCUUGUCUUGCCCCAUGUUUUCUGUACCAAUUAAACCUCCAUGGGUCAU